UUUGAUGUUGAAGCAUUGAAACAUCAGAGCAGAGGGCAAACACAAAAAAAGAAGCAAAUAUGUUUCCCGUAGACAUGAAUGGAUUCUGGAAAAUGACAAGUAAUGAAAACUUUGAUGAAUACAUGGAAGCACUAGAUGUGAAUGUUGUCAUCAGAAAAAUAGCCAACUAUCUCAUCUUUGAUAAGGAGAUUGUUCAGAAUGGUGAACAUUUUAAUAUCAAGACUCUCACCGCCUUUAGGAACUACCAUAUGGAGUUUGAUGUUGGAAAGGAGUUUGAGGAGGAUUUGGUUGGUGUAGAUGAUAGGAAAUGUAUGACAAUGGUAAACUGGGAGGGAGACAAACUGGUUUGUGUACAGAAAGGAGAAAAGGAGGGAAGGGGCUGGACCCAGUGGGUGAAAGGGGAUGAAUUACAUGUGGAAAUGCGAGUCUGUGGAGUGAUGUGUAAACAAGUGUUUAGGAAACAAGUUCUCGACUGAUGUGCCUUGAACCACAAGUACUCUAUUGUGAAGAAAAGGGAACAUUUCUGCCUAUUAAUAACAGUAAUUGUUGUGUUAAAUAGUCAUUUUUUAAGUGUAGCUAUUAUGUCUUUUUCAUGCCUCAUGUAAACAAUGUAUGGUGAAAACGUUGUCAAGGAAAAUAAAAU